AUGGAGAUUCCAAGGGCAAAUGUGCCUUUAGAUGUGAUUGUUGUCGGUGCUGGCAUCGGCGGUAUGGCGGCAGCCCUCACAUUAGGUCUUCGGGGGCACCAUGUCAUUGUCCUUGAAGCUGCACGGAAGCUCAUGGAAGUGGGCGCUGGGAUUCAAGUAUCGCCAAACAUGCUGCGUUUAUUCGACCGGUGGGGAGUCUCGGACUUGAUUCACGCCCAAGACGUAGCCCUAGAGCACAUCCACGUCCGAAGAUGGGAUAACGGUAAACUCCUCGACAAGGUGCCGGUGAAUAAGACUUUCGGGCAGCAAGUCGUUAUUCACCGCGCCGACCUGCACAACGCUAUCAUCGACAGGGCCCUAGCGUUGCCCAACAUUGAGCUGCGUGAGAACUCACCCGUCACAGACGUACAGUUCUACCCAGCAAGUGUUAGCCUAGCCAACGGCGAAAUCAUUCGUGGCGACGUGGUAAUCGGCGCAGAUGGAAUCAAGUCCACGAUCCGUAGCCACCUGCUCGAAGACUCGACUAUUAAAGCAGUUGCGACUGGCGAUGCGGCAUACCGUAUCAUGAUAUCCCGGCACAUUAUGGAGAAGGAUCCUGAACUGAAGAAGCUCAUUGACGAGCCGCAGGUGACUCGUUGGCUUGGUCCUUCGCGCCAUAUUGUCGCGUACCCUGUCCGCAAGCACGAGCUGUACAAUGUUGUCCUCCUUCACCCCGAUAGCCAUGGUGUCGAGGAGUCUUGGACCACGAAGGGUUCCAAGCAGGCUAUGGUUGACAACUAUCAUGGGUGGGAUAACACGGUGCGGAAACUGAUUGAUCUGGUCGAUGAUAAUGAAGUUUUGGAGUGGAAGUUGUGUCUGUACCGUCCUCUGAGAACAUGGAUCCGGGGAUCUGUCGCUCUAAUCGGUGAUGCGUGUCAUCCCAUGCUUCCGUAUAUUGCCCAAGGUGCUGCCCAGGCCGUGGAAGACGCGGCCGCGCUCGGUGUAAUAUUGUCGGCUAUUUCAUCACGCGAGGAGAUUCCGCAUGCAUUGAGUGCUUAUGAAAGGUCCCGGAAAACGCGCGCUGAGACAGUGCAGCACUCUGGAUCGAAGAAUCGAAUUACGUUACAUUUGCCGGAUGGGCCUGAGCAAAUGGCUCGAGACGCGCUGUUCAAGGCUUCGGACAGCGGAAGUAACCCCGAUAAGUGGUCGGAUCGUAGGACACAAGAGUUUCUUUGGGGUUGGGAUGCAGAGAAGGCGGCGUUGGAUACUUGGAAUGAAGAUCGAGGACAGACCAGGCUCAAUGCGAAUCUGUAG